AUGAAUCGAACUUAAUUUGGUUGCAAUUCUCUCUUCAGGGUUAAAACCUCAUAAUUAUUGAAAGAAAGUGUUCCUAGCAAUACUGAAGUGUAGAAUCAAAAAGUUCAAAUAGAAUAAUGA